GUGGCUAAGGUGGCUAAGCUAACUUGCUAAGUGCUAAGUUGUACACCCAGUUCGUCGUCACUGUAGCUGACAGUGAAAAGGCGCUGAAAGGCUUUGUGUCGGGUUCGUUGUGUUUUUAAAAGCCCGAGUUAACUUGAGAUUGACAUCGUUUAUCAAAAAUGGUUGUGGACGACAUCCAGUUCAUGAGCAUCCUCCAGGGGAAACGCGUCAAGCUGACCCUGAAGACCUCGUCCUACCUCGGCGUCGUCCAGAGGAUAAAUCCCAACAAAACGCUGGUUCUGGCUGACGUGGUUAGUGUCAGUAAUGGCUGCAGAUAUCCUGGCUCCAAAAUAUUCUUUGGGCGUGAGAUUCUCAAUGUGGAGUUUCACAACGAAACCAACGGGGACAGUGGAAGUACCACUGAGAGCAGACUGGAGGACCAGUUGAAUGUGGAGGAGUUCCAGCCGUACAGGAAGACAAUGAUCAUGGAUCGCGAUGAGGAAGAGGAGGAGCACAUCAACUUCGUAGUCAUCGACGAGCUCCAUGAGAAGUUUGGGCCUGCUGUGAUGCACAUCAAGAAGCAGAAUGUGAUCAGUGUGGGGUCUGAUGGACUCGAGGUGCUUCAGAAUGGGAGACUGUCUUGGCUGCAGAUUGCCACUAAAAACAAGGUAUACUUGUUUGACAUUCUGUUACUUGGAGCCCGAGCCUUUAAGAACGGCCUGUCUAUGAUCCUGGAAAAUAAACAAAUAUUAAAGGUGAUUCACGACUGCCGAGCCAUCGCUGGAUGUCUGAUUGCACAGUUUGGAGUGAAGCUGACCAACGUCUUUGACACACAAGUGGCCGAUGUCAUGUGCUUCUACUCAGAGACAGGCGGGUUUCUUCCUGAGAGAGUCAGUAAGCUGCAGGAGGUGGUGAGUCUUCAUCUGAAGGUACCGUCCUCCCAGCUCUUGUCCCUUCAGAUGAAGUCACAGCUCACCAAGGUAGAAAGAGAGAUGUGGUUCAAGCGCCCGUGUCCUGUGACCCUGCUGAAGGUGAUGGCUCUGUCAGUGAUCCACCUGCAGCCUCUCAGACUGGUGUUGCUGGAUACUCUGAUGAUUGACUACAUGACGCUGGUGGAUUCAUACCUUCACAGUUGCCACUAUGAACCUGAUGGUUUGGAGAUGGUCAGAAUGGAGAGUGUGUUGGAGUUGCCCACAGAACUCAGGCAGCUGCAGCAAAUGCAUCAGGAGCGACACAAGUGGGCUGCGGACCACUACCCCAUCACAGAGCAGGGUCUGCUGGCUCGCUUCAAACGCCAAACCAAGAUCCCAUCCCAGACCCCACCUGCACCAGAAGAGCUUGGAGCCUCGGGACCUUCGGGGCCUCUCCAAAGGAAUCAGCCAUAUUGUGACCUUCAGCUGGGACAGACGAGCUCCGAUAGGGGCUGAGUGACAGGAAUCUCUGUCUGUGGCUCACAUAUCUCGAAAACACUUGGCGUGUGUUUUGUUCCGGGCCCCAGGGAGUGCAGUAUUGAAUUUGGUGACCAGCGUGGCGUGUUCAAGACAAUGGCAACAACAGAUUUUUCUGUGUUCUGCGUACUGAGUCAAGCUUCACUCAAUUUCUGCAGGUCACUUUUACAGUUUCAAAAAGAAAGCUGCAACCACUACACCACAGGUCAAACAAACAGCAGAGGGGCUGAGAACGGGCACUGCACUAGUGUUCAACUAAACUAGACGAUCACUGGGAGCAGGAUGUAAGGAUAUUGGUUGGCGUGUAACAAAGAUCCAAUCAAAAUGUUGAGCAAUUCUUCAGCCCCCAGAAAACUCAUCAAUUGGCUCUUUGCAAACACAGCGGUCACUCUGCAGGAUUUAACCACAGAAACUCCCAUCAGAGGAGCUAAUUCUACUUUUUGUGCUGGUUUUAGUAAACAAUUUUGGGGAUUAAAAUCAUUGUCGAUGUGAUACCUUGGCCACAUUCAUGACGGAGCUGUGAUCAGUGGGAAUCAAAAGGAAAUAGUGUGCUCCAGAUUUCCCUGCAUCGCUGGCUUUUGAAAGAUUUUCAGGCUUUGCUCGAUGGUGAGAGGCCCCCGACGGUCAAAGGAAACCAGUAUUUCUGGUAAUUCGUCAUUCGAAUAUUAGCAACCCCCUUAGCUACUCUUGUCUUUGAUAGAAAAAGAUGGAAGAUUAGCUGUUGGCAGGUUUGUCAUAAUUAAACUCUGCGUGCGUGUGUGGGUAGUUGUAGCCACAGGGACGGCCUGGAAGAAGAAGGGGU